AUGAAUUUAUCAUUGUAUCGCCAAAACAUUGAACAAUUCAUGCGCGAUAUUAGUUUCACUCGCAGGAAAUUCGUCUUGGAUGAAGAACUACAUGACGCCGUCAAGAACCGACUGGCCAUAUUGAAUGACUGCCCAGAGGGCGUUGAACAGUACUCGGAAGUGAGUACUAUUGUAUCCCAGUGCUUCUGGGGCCAGCAAGAUCUCGAGUGCCGUGUGGCAUUUGCAUUGGUCAAUGUGUUUGGCAUCAUGUUGGACGACGUGGCACCUUCCCAUAAGGAGGAGUAUCUCCAUUCAGUUCAACAAUAUGCUUCGCGGGAGCGUAUCUCAUGGCCACUCUUCCGACAGCUGGUGGAACAUACAGAUUAUCUCAUGUCUGUGAUACCUUGGUUCCAGGCUUAUCUUGUGAAGCGGGCUGUCGAUAGCUUUGCUUCUUUCACUUACUUGGAAACAUUUUCGCCGGAAAGCUUCAAGCAUGGGGACAGCACGGUUACCAAGUCUUUCUAUCGACAAGGCACAAGUGCCUACGAGUUCUAUAUCAUCGGUGUCUUUCCUUUUGAUCUUGACCUGGAGGAGUAUUUCUUCAUGCUUCCUCACAUGGGCAGGGUUGUUAAUGAGGUUAAUGAGUUCCUGUCGUGCUACAAGGAGUCUAUCAUCGGUAAAGAAAAGAGUUUGUAUAGGUUUCGCAGCUUGGGAAGUGGAAAAUCGAUGGAAGAGGUAUUGGUUGACAGUCGAAGUCGGUGCGUGGAAGUGAUUCGAUUUCUACGAGAUGCGAAAGCGACACCCCGUUUGCGAGAAGCACUGGAUGCUUUUAUGGAUCGUUUGUUGAAUUUUCAUUUUGAUGUUGAUGUUCGCUACCGACUGUCCGAAGUCGGUUUGCAGUUUCCUAAAUUCUCGUGA